CACCGCCGCUGCGGGGAACAGAAGCGGAGGGGGAGGGGAAGGAGGUGGGUUGGGAGGAGCAGGGGAGAGCAGAAUUGGGAGGAGAAGGGGAGAAGAAUUGGGAGGAGCAGGGGAGCAGGAUUGGGAGGAGGGGAGAGCAAGCGGAAUCAACCUCCCAGGUUGGGAGAGCAGGAUUAGGAGGCGAAAAGCGGGAGGAGAGAAUGCACGGAGGAGAGGCGGCGGCUGUGGAUGA